CAUUUUUUUCAAAACGAACAAGAAGGUAGAAAAAAAUGUCUGGAGAAAAAGUUAGCAAUGAGUCGAUAACUGAUCAUGAAAAAAACUAUAAAGUAAUGAUUUAUCAUUUGUACGAUCAAGCUAUAACGAGUUUUGAAAAAUGAUUUAUCUAUGAUGCAUUGUACCAAAAUAUGUAUUACGUGGAUCCUAAUAAUUUUUCUACUUUAGAGAAUGCUUCUCAUUCUAUUUUGAGAAUAGAUAAACUCAGUUCUGACUAGAUUCGACCCAAUAAUUAACGCUGGAAACAUCUAUUCUGAAUUACAAGAUUAUGUAAAAAAAAUUGCCGGUUAUAAAAAAUGUAGCAAUUCGAGAUAUCACUACAAAAGAAAUGACUGCAUCAGAUGAAGAACAAGAAAAUGAAACUUAUGAUGUACUCGUAAAUGAAAAUAAUUUAAGCCAAACAAAAAUGUUGACAUGUAAAACGUCCUGUAAGAAUUGUAUUUUAUGCUGCUUUAAAGUUUUACGUUUUACAGCCAUAUAGAUUAUAUAUGUCAGCUCAUUGUAAUUUAUAUUUAUUUUAAUUCAAACUAAUAUUCUUUUAUACUUAUAGCCUAAAAUCUUGAAUUUAAUAAUAUAAGAGUUUCUUUUAUGAUAAAAAUGUAAAUUAUCGCUAGUUAUGGAACACUUACAACAGCAUUUAUUGACUAUAAUAUUUAAGGGUAAUAGAAUUUAUAAUUUUACAUUUUAUACAAUGCAAAAAUUCCAUUCGGAAUAGGUCCAUAAUCUAAUAUUACUUCAAAAAAUGUGAAGAUGAACAAUAAUUGUUUUUGUCGUGAGCUUUAAACAGUUGUGUGUGUAUUUACUGGUCUUAAUCGAAUUUUGAUCAACGUCAAUUUGACUUAUCAACUCGUAUUAAAAACAAAAAUAUUCCUGUCGACAACGAUGUCAAUAUCGUAAUAAAUGUUUAUAUAAUUAUCCGUACAGCAGUUGCGGUUCGCAUUGUUCUAACGGUAAUAAUAGUGUUACAAAAUAAUUCGAAACAAUGGAAUACACUUCGAAGUACACUAAACACGCACUAAACAAAGGCUUUCAAAACGAGUGUUUUUACACAUCGUCCUCGGGGGUCGGUUGUCAAAACGUAUUUGUGCGACCGUCAGAAUAUGUUUACCCGGACGCGUUGUUCCGGAAAAGCAAUUAAUUAUUUUAAUUGUUUCGACGUGUCGAGACGGAAACGACGACGACGACGACGAUCCAUUACGACGGCCGUACACGGGUACCAUGAUCAUGUGUCACGCGUUUCGCCUGUUCCUGGCUUGGACCGCGGUCCGGUCGAGCGGCGCGGUACGUGACGACCAACGCACGUUGACGCAGUGCGCAGUACCACACGCCCAAGAAAGUGGACGCGUGCGCCGCGGAUGAUACCACGGUCGAUCUGUUCGCCGACCGCGUGCCGCACGUGUUCCGCAAUUGCACGGUAAGGGUGGCCGCGUUCAACUGGCCGCCGAUGACCGUGCUGUCGCCGUCGGGCCGGACGAUGUUGCACGGCAUGGACGUGGGCGUGGUGCAGCUGAUGAGCCGGUUAGGCAACUUGCGGCUGGAGGUGCACGAGGUGGGUGGCAAACAGCGGUGGGGCAUCAAGUGGCCGAACGGCACGUGGAACGGCGGAUUCGGCAUGCUGAGCGCACAUCAAGCGGACGUGCUGAUCGGCGGCUCAAUCCUGACACCCGGGCGCAUCGAGAUGUUCGACUCAGUGCCGCCGCGGCAGGUGAUCCGGAUCCAGAUCUACACGCCGUUGCCGCGAAGGCUACCGUACUGGCGGAACAUGCUGCACGUGUUCUCCGGCCGGUUCUGGCUGACCGUGCUCGCCGUGUUUCUGCUCACGUCCGCAGUGCUCCGGCUGGCCGGCGCGCUCCUGCCCCGCGAGCGUCGCGCGUUCACCGACACCGGCCAUUGCCUGGUCGUCGCGUGGUCGGUGCUGUGCAGCGUGUCCGCGGGCCGGCAGCCCUCGUCCGCCUCGUCCAGAAUGGCGUUCCUGUCGUGGACCGUGUACGCGCUGCACAUCAGCGCCGUGUACACGUCCAUGCAGCUCAUCUACCUGUACAAACCCAAACACGAGCAGCCCAUGCGCACUAUCGACGACGUGCGGGCGUCCGGGCUGACGGUGUGCUGCGUGCCCACGUUCAUACCGAUCGCGCAUGCCAUGGACCCGAACAACUUUAAGCUGACCAAUUACACGCCGUGCACGGACAUGGUGGCAUCGGUGGACCGGCUGCUGCGUAGCAAGGACGUCAUCAUACUGGACCCGGAGGACCAUUUCGAGACGCUCGUCUCGGAUGCGGCCCAGAAGAAGGUCAACAAGGUGGACGAGGUGGUGAUCGUCUACAACAUCGGCAUGUACAUGCAGAAGGGCAGCCCGUACAGGCGCGUGCUGUCCAGGGCGCAAAUCGCCGCGUACGAGACGGGCCUGCACAUCAAGUGGAGGAGGGACGUGUCGCCGAUGCGGCGGCCCAAGAAAAAGACGCGAGUCAAAGUCAAGAAGCUCAACGUGGACGAGCUGCAGGGCGCGUUCAUAAUACUCAUUUGCGGACUGUGCGGCAGCGCGGUGGUGUUUUCGUUCGAACGUUUCCGCCGCGGCGAGCCCGUCCGAUGAACUGUGAUUUCGGUUAGACCGCCGUUUGUUCUUGGCAGUGGCGCCGAACUUCUAAAAUCUCACUUGGGCCAAAUAAAAAUCCAACGGUCUCAAGCACCCCAGCGGCCACAAGUCUACAUUUUUACAAAUGUGUAGAACAAUUAUUUGUGCUCACAAAUUUCAAGUAUAAGGCUUGAUUCAUACUAGUUAGACACGAACUGACAGACACCGUACCGUACCGUUCCGCAAAAUAUUUUAUUAUGUGUUUUAAUUUAGGUAAUACACAUUUGAACAUUUCCGUACUGACCCGACAGACUCCAUCCGGCAUCCCUCGCGAGAAUAAUCAAAAGUAUUACUGUCGAGUGGGUGGGUAAAACCUUAGUGAAAAUAUGUAUAGCGUUGCCGAACAUUGCAUCUGCAUGAAAAGAUUCGGCUGAAAGAGAUUACGAAAAUCAAUUGUAGCCCAAAAAUGAUUUGCGCACUGCUACUAAAAUAUUCUUUCACGUCGCACAGUGAUUCGCCAUUAAGAAAUAAAUCAAAACUACGUUUAACUAAUUGUGUACUGUUAAUCCGCAAAAAUUGUACGAAAAUCAUAUGCACAGAUAAUGCUUAGGAAAAGUUUUCACAAUUAUAUAAAUCUAUAUAUGAUUGUUGCGUUAGUUUUUUCUUUAAAUUAAUAAUCAAACAUUUUACUAGGUACGUAUUAUUGUUGAAACGGAACGAUGCAUAAAUAAUGUACAAUAUUAAUCAAGACCAUACAUCAACCGUUCUUAACUUGGGUAGAUAUCUGAUGAGGCGGAACUAG